AUGGUCCAGGUGAUCAAGUAUGGCACUAAGAAGAACCCCAGGUCCCUAGAAGACGACUGGCUGACAAUCACUUCCAAAUAUUUGGGGAAAGUCCACCAGAGAAGAAAGACCUGGCUGACAGUGGGGAUCACCUCAGUGUCACGACAGGGUCAGGGUGGCCUCUUGGACACACUGGCCUCCCUGUACCACGCCGCCUCCGUGGAUGAGCAGAGACAGAUAACAGUGCUGGUUCUCCUGGCAGAGUCUGACAACACCUGGCUCAGGAAAACCGUCCUCCAUAUUUCAAGCCUCUACAGCUCCCAGAUCUUGACCGGGCAAUUGCUGCUGAUCCAUGCCCCAUCCAGUGCCUACCCCGCUGUGGCUAACAACCAGAAGGAGCUGUCUCUGGCACAGAUGUACUCCAAGCAGAACGUAGAUCAUGCCUUCCUCAUGAGCUUUGCCACGGAGCUCUCGACCUACUUCCUGUUGAUAGAGGACGAUGUCUUCUGCGCCCCCAAUUUUGUCACGCACAUUCGCUCAAAGGUGAUCAACAGGAAACCCCACGCGUGGGUACUCCUGGAGUUCUCCAACAUGGGCUUCCUUGGCAAACUUUUCCACAGCAAGGACCUCCCACUUCUGGCGCGUUUCCUCCUCCUCUUCCACCAGGAGCGACCGCUCGAAUGGCUGAUCCUUCACUUCCGUACCCUCCUGGCCCAGCAGAACCCAAUCUUCUGCAGACCUUUUCUCUUCUACCACAGGCUGUCUCACACCACUUUUGAGAACAAGACCUCAUCGGCCCAGGAAAACGGUCCUUGUGGUCCCGAUGCCCUCCCUGGAGCCGUUUUCACGGACAUGCGGCUCUCUGGUGUCCAUUCUCCCCAGGAGGCCUACUCUCUGGACGAGUCCUUCUUUUGGACUUACAACGUCAGCACAGGGAACUAUCUGACAGUGAUUGUGAACCAUCCGGUGAACCUGGAGAGAGUGCAAGUGCGGACAGGAUCCAUCAUGGAUGGAAAGUACAUUCUGGAAAAAGGACAGGUGGAGGUAGGCUACCACCCUGAAGGAAUGCCCCCAAACUGUACCAGCUUUACCCUGCUGGGCCACCUUGUGCAAGGACAGAUGGAUCAGAUCAUUCUGAAAAGCACUGGGUUCCAAGUGAGUUGCGUGAAGCUGGCAGUGAAUGCUAAUCAGGCCGGAGCGCUCAUGAUCAGGCAUGUCUAUCUCUGGGCGGCCGAAUGCCUAACAUAG